UCCCCAUCCUCCCCAUGACCCGCCCAUCCGCCGCCGCUGUCGGAGCUCGGUCAGGUGUUCGUUGUACAGUUAACGUUACGUAAACGUUGCAUUUCUAAACCGAUUGGAUUCCGUGUCGGGCGGGGAAAACACAGACGAGGCCAUGCUCAGACGGAUACUUCAAAUGACUCCUGGGAAAGGAGGCUCCCAGAAUGCGGAGUCGGAGCAGCCCAGCACCGACCUCAACCACGAUCAGACCUCCGAGGGCUUCAUCUGCCCUCAGUGUAUGAAGUCUCACAACUCUGCAGAGGAUCUGUUUAAGCACUAUGAGCUGUUCCAUGACACUGGGGACUUGCCCGCUCAUAUGGCCCCCACACGGGAAGACCUUACUAUGCUGCGGCAAGAAGUUCAGGACUUGCAUACUUCUCUCAAGGAGGAAAAGUGGUUCUCUGAAGAGCUCAAAAAGGAGUUGGACAAAGUCCAAGGACAACUGAAGCAAAAUGAUGGACCGAUGGGCGCUGAUGAUUCCGGGCUUGAAAAGAAGUUGAAUGAAGCAGAGACAGAAAAGUUCAACAUCAAGCAGAUGAAAGACUUGUUUGAGCAGAAGGCCGCCCAGCUGGCCACAGAGACAGUAGACUUAAAGUCCCGCUAUGAUGAGGAGAAGAGCCUGAGGGAGGCUGCUGAGCACAGGCUGGCCAAAGUGACUGAACAGCUACAGAAAGAGAAGGAGGAGAACGAGAGACUGCAGACAGAACUGCUGCAGCGGCCGGGAGUGGAGGAUGUGGAGGUACUGCAGAAAGAGCUGGUGCAGGUCCAGACACUGAUGGACAGUAUGACUCGUGAGAGGGAAGCUGAGUCUGAACGCCUCCAAUCGCGCUACGAGCAGCUGCAGGCCGACUACACUACCUCAGAGAUGCAUAAACUGGAGGUGACCAUAUCCCAACUAAAAGCAGAGCUGGAGAAGGGUCCACAGGAAGCAGCUGUCUACACACAACAGAUCCACCAGCUGCAGAGCAAUCUGAAUAAUCUGCAGCAGCAAAGCCAGAGCCUUUCUGAGAAGCUUGCACGUAAGGAGAAAGAGUAUCAGGAACUGGAGGAGCAUCUGGGAGCUGAGAAAACUGCCAAGAAAGGAGCUGAAAGCAGCCUGAGAGAGAAGGAGCUGGAGGCUCAAGAGCUCCAGGCUCGGGCCACGGGGGCCGAAGGCUACCUGACAAAGGCCCAGACGGAGCUCGCAGAGAGGGCUGAGGAGGUGGCAAAGUUGAAAAAGGAGAUUAUGGAGCUGGAGGUGAAGCAUGCAGAGCUGAAGGUGGAGAGGAAACAGUUGGAACAGCAAAGGGAGGAAAAAGACAACCAAGGAGCUCAGCAGCAGGCCGAGAUCAGUCAGUUGCAUGCCAAAUUGCUGGAGGCAGAGAGACAGCUGGGCGAGGUGCAAGGUCGCCUUAAAGAACAGAGGCAGCUUUCAGGGGAGAAACUAAAAGACCGCGAGCAGCAAGCUGCCGACCUACAGCUCAAACUGUCCCGUGCAGAAGAACAGUUGAAGGAGAGUGGCAGUAAGAAUACAGAUGUGCAGCACCAGCUGGAGAAAGCCAAGCAGCAGCACCAGGAGCUGCAGGCGCUGCAGCAAAACACAAAUGGCAAACUCCGUGAGGCUCAGAAUGACCUGGAGCAGGUGCUGCGCCAGAUUGGAGAUAAGGACCAGAAGAUACAGAACCUGGAGGCCCUGCUGCAGAAGAGCAAGGACAUUGUGAGCCAACUGGAAACCGAGAGGGACGAUUUGUGUGCCAAGAUCCAGGCCGGUGAGGGAGAGACAGCUGUGCUCAACCAGCUAAAGGAGAAAAAUAAUGGACUACAGGAACAGGUCACACAGUUGACAGACAAGCUGAAGAACCAAUCGGAGAGCAACAAGCAAGCCCAGGAUAACUUGCAUAAGCAGGUCCAGGAGCAGAAGACCCUGGUGCGCUCAGCCCAGGACCGAGCCCACACCCUGGAGACCUCCGUCACCGAGGUCACCACCCAGCUGGCAGACAGCAAGGAGAAAGCCGCCCAGCUGGAUGCUCAACUGAAGGCAAAGACAGAGAUGCUGCUAUCUGCAGAGGCAGCUAAGGCUGCACAGAAGGCUAACCUGGAAAACAACCUGGAGACAGCUCAGCAUGCACUACAGGACAAACAGCAGGAGCUGAAUAAGGCGCAGACGAAGAUGGAGGAGCAGGGCCAAAGGCUCAAGGAGAGACAGGAGCAGUGCACACAGCUGGAUGCCAGUCUGAAGGAAUGCAAAGACAAGCUAAUGGCCUCCGAACAGCGCAGAGAGCAGCUGCAGGGGCUCAACAAGAAAUUGGAGUCGCAGGUUGGGGAGUUGCAGGUCACACGGGACCAGAUGCAACAGGAAGUACAGAAGCUGCAGAAGGAGGGAUCGGACGUCAAACGCAAAGCAAAGGAGCUGCAGCUCUCGCUGCAAACGGAGAAAGAAGGGGCUACAACACUACAAGAGGAGUUGAAGAAAAAAAACGCUGCUUUGACUGACACUCAGCAGCAGCUGGAGCGCAGCGAGCUGGACCAAGCUGCUCUGAAGGUGAACUUGGACAAGGUGAUCACCGAGGGGAAAACUAAGCAUGCAGAUCUAGAGAGGAGAGCUCAGAGCCUGGCAGCGGACCUACAGAAGGCCCAGCAGGAGAAAGAUGCUCAAAGGAAGGAGCUCGCCUCGACACAGGACGGCCUUGAAAAGGCCAACAAAGCACUGAAAGAGAGUCUCAGUGAACUGGACACCUCGAGGAAGAAACAUAAGUCAGUCAUGGAGGAGAAGGAAAAGUCCAAGCAGGAGCUUCUUAAGAUUAAUGCGGGCAUCGCCAAGUCGAUGAAAGAAUUGGAAAAGCAAUUGGAGCAGAUGGGAGAGGCCGAGAAAAAGUUGAAGGUGCAGCUGGCCACGCUGGAGCAGCAGCGCUCCAACUCUCAGGGGGUGCUGAAAGAAAACGAGAAGGAGUUGGAGAAGCUGCAGGCACAACUGAAGGCAGCCAAGGGGUCCUUUGAGGAGGAGACGAGGAAGCUUAAGGGCCAAGUGGCCGAGUUGCAAGAAGUUAAUGUCAAGAAGACGGAAGAGGAGAGUAAGCUGAGGGCCCAGGUGUCUGGGCUCGGCCACGAGCUGGCCUCCGAGAACAGCCGGACGACGGAGCUGCAGGAGGCCUUGGAGAAAAGCCAGCAAAGCCUCACUAAGCUGCAGUCUGACUUCUACGGCAAGGAGUCUGAGGUGUCUGCCCUUCGUCAAGACCUGAAGGCGUCAGAGGAGAAGCUGAACGUGGCUCUGGAAGAGCUCGCCGCCAACCGAAGCCAUCAGACGGGUUUGGAGGCUCAGAUCCAGGAUCUGCAGAAGAGCCGAGGCUCGUUGGAGCAGGUGCUGGAAAGACGGGACGAGAAGCUCCAACAGCAAGAGCAAACACUGAAGGAAGUACAGAGGCAACAGGGGGAAGUAAAGGAGCAACUGGAGAAGGAGAAGAGCAAUGUUGAGGAGCUGAAGAAAGCCAAGACUGUCCUGGAGAUGAAUACCAACAAACUGACGACUCAAUUAAAAACACUAACUGAGAGGAGCGAGAAGGAGCUGGGUGAGUUGCGAGAAGCCAAACAGAUGUUGAUCCAGCAAAAACUGGAGCUGCAGGGUCAGGCGGAGGCAGCGCAGAGGACCCUGGAGCAGGAGCAGAAGGAGCACCAGGUCACCAGGGACGACCGGGGCCGCAGGGAGGAGCAGCUCAUUGCCCAGACCAAGAAGGUCCAGGAUCUGUUGUCGGCAGAGAAGCGGGCCAGAGAAGAGCAGGUGAAGCGCGGGGAGGAGGCCGUAGCCAAGAUGGAUGUGCAGGUGACGGCUCUGAACGAAAACGUGGCCACGCUGAAGAGGGAGUGGCAGGGCAGCCAGCGGAGGGUCGGCGAACUGGAGAAGCAGACCGACGAGCUGAGGGGAGAGAUCGCUGUGCUGGAGGCCACCGUGCAGAACAACCAGGACGAGAGGCGGGCUCUUCUGGAAAGGUGCGUGAAGGGCGAAGGCGAAAUGGAGAAACUGCAGGCCAAGAUGGUGGAGCUGAGGAGGAAGCUGGACGACACGACGGCCGCCAUGCAGGAGCUCGGCCGAGAGAACCAGUCGCUCCAGAUCAAGCAGUGCCAGAGCUUGACCAGGAAGUGGGCCGAGGAUCACGAGGUGCAGAACUGCAUGGCCUGCGGGAAAGGCUUCAGUGUGACUGUCAGGAAGCACCACUGCAGACACUGCGGCAACAUCUUCUGCGCCGAGUGUUCGAUGAGGAACGCCUUCACGCCGUCGUCCAAAAAGCCCGUGCGGGUCUGCGAGACGUGCUUCGAGGAGCUCCAGGGCUGACCCCCCCCCGUCCCCCCCCCCCCCCCCUCCGUUACCCUCUGCUUCCGACCUCAGUGGGCAGGAGAAGGCGUGUCUCUGUCGUGUUUGAUGUGCACUGCUUAGGACUCCCACCUGCAGGGGGCGGUGUGGAGGGGAAUAACGGAAGGAGACGAUUGGUGGGGGUUGUCUGCAUCUGUUUUUGUGCCUUUGCUGCUCGCUGUGGCCUGUAAACAUGACCCAGAGGGCAGAGAGAGUGAAAACAAACCACCGUCCAUCUCGUUUAAGUUCACAUCUCCAUCGUUGUUUGGAAUCGUUAGCAAGUGCAAGGUGGUUGUUGUGUACGUGUUAAGGUGUCUGCAGGAGGUGAGAGGUCAGCGUGAUCCGGGGGAGGUGGAUGUUGUGAUGUUGGUCACUUCUGCCCAACAAAGGUAAAUGCAGGAAAUAAAUAUCUGCUGUGAUAUUUUCUGUGUAGGACCACAUCGAUCUGAUCACUAAAACAUUGGAAUUUUGAUUUUUACUGGAAAAAAGUCUCACUCAAGUAAAAAUAUUUUUAAGAUAUUUGGUUUUAUAAAUGUGUGUAAUGCAGAUUUGAAUAAGAAAGUGUUGAAAUUGGUUGAAAUUGUUUUUAUAUUUAAUUUUUUUUUUUUUUUGGAACAUACUUCUCUUACAGGAAAAUAUUGUCUGUACUUUAACAGAAUGACAGCUUGUUAGUUUAUCAGCUUACCUUUUAAUUUAAUGUUUUGUGGACAAGGUUUUAAAAAAAUACCAUGUUGUGAUUUUAAAUGAUAGAAUAUGCAUUAUGUACCGUAAAUUACAGCCCAAGAUUUUAGGCUCAAAUAAUCAUGUUUUUGAUUUAUAGAUGUUCAAAUUUCUUUCACCAGCAUUUUUUCUGUGCGAUCAGUUACGGCAUCUUUCCUUUUGUGCGGCAGUGUGUGUGUGUGUGUGUUUUUGAAUUGAUGCCUAUUUCACGACCAAAGAAUGUCUGCAGCAGGAACAGUCGAGAUAAAAACCUGACGCUUGUUUCAUAGUUCAGUAUUUUUCUAAGUGGGAAGUUUUCAGUUUUAAAUCACAGGGUCGGACAAUACUUGUAUUUAUUUUGAUCGCAGCAUGUGUGACCAUCUGGGAGGCUUUUGUGUAAACUGACUUCUUGCCGUGCCACAUUUCUCUUGUUUUCCUGCCAUCUGUGGUGCUUUUAUGCAGACUUCGGCCCUGGCAGCCGCCGCAUGAUCAUUUUCAAAUAUAUAUUUUUUAAUGCUGCUUGUCUAAACUCAGUGGCACUGACCACAAUACCGCCAGAGUUGUGUGUGUGGUGUUGCUGUAACACAGUGUGUGUGUGUGUGUGUGUGUGUUUCUGCAGAAAGGCUCUGUAUGAACUGAGCGUGAUGUUGCUGGCUGUCGGUUCUGGAUCCAAACCGCGCACAGCCGAUGACACUGUAGAAGUUUCAUCCUGCUUUGUAUAAUUUAUAAUUGUCGAAGGAAAUUUUUGGAAAGAUCAUUUGUGCAAUUGUCUUUAACGACUGGAGCAGACACACACUGACUUUUUGGCGUACCCGAUUAUCUAUUUGGCUUCUUUGCUCAAACAACGUUGUCAAAUUUCUGGUUUAGUGUUGCAUUGGUUCCGUUAUGUCUACCUCAGAUUGGCCCAGGAGAAGCACUAUUUCUUCAACAAAUGUUGUGUCAGGGCCUGCUUUUGAUCGAGGAUUUGUGAUUUAUCUCUCGAGCUGUACAGUCCCUCAGAACCCAGAGAGAGGAUUUGCACCUUAUUGUAUUCUGGGCGAACCAAGGACCGCCCACUUCAGCAUUUCUAGCCUUGAUGUACUUAACUGCUCAUUAAUAAUAAGGCCGUCAUAAUUAUCUUUGUAAAUGUUUGUAAUGAAAUAGAAAAUGAAAAUUGAUAUAACACUUAUGGAUGUAGAAAUAUUGGAAAAAAAACAGUGAAAAUUGGUGUGGACUCAUCAGUGUCUUAAACUUGAUUUUUCCUCUCCGCUCUGAACACAGUGGAUUGUUGCUUUGUUCACGUUGCUGCCAGUAAUCGUGCAUGAUGACCCCCCCACCGGCCUGUGGCUCACACACGCGCUCCAUGUUUUGAGUCAUCACAGUUGAUGGAUGUGAAGCCUGUUAGCGGUGUUAUUACAGCCACCUCGGCUCACCUGAAGGGGCCAGAGAGUCAUUUAUGUUCACAUGCACCAUUUCAUUUUCUACUUCGUCAUGGCAAACAUAAAUAAAACCUACAGUAUGUUUCUA